AGUCCGUGGGUGUGCCGUGGGUAUAAAAAGAACUGUUCAGUUAGACAUGAUCGAAUACGCCACACUGACAAGGUCCAGUGCGUGUUCACUUAUAUGCUGAUUCAUAUUCUGAUUACUGAAUUAAAAGUCAACAAUAACAAGCAACAACAGGAAACGAAAUUUUCAGCCUGUGGAAUAACCAGCCAUGGCCCAGUGGCAGGAGCUGCUGCAGAUGGAGUCUGCUCUCCAGAACCAGGUGAGCCAGCUGUACGUGGGCAAAUUUCCUCGAGAGAUCCGCCACCAUCUGAGUGUCUGGAUAGAGAGCCAAGACUGGCAUUCUGCAGCUGCUGAUGAAAACAUGGCAAGACUUUGUUUUCAAACCCUUUUGCUAAAUUUGGAAGAACAGAGGACCCAGUGCAUCCACAACAACAGCAUUCUGCUGGGACCUGAUUAUUCAGCAAUGAAAGAUUACUUGGUGAAACACUUCGAGGAUCAGCCACUGACCAUGGCUGUUAUCCUGUCUGAAUGCCUAAAUGAGGAAAAGAGAAUCCUGACUUCAUCCUCUGAAGCCCAGCAGAUUAACAGCAGUGUAACCACAGACCAAAGCCAGAGGGACUUGGACAACAAAGUCAAAGGACUGAGGGAGCAGACCUGGGAGGCUGAACGGGAAAUCAAGUCUCUGGAAGUUCUAAAUGAGCAGCUGGAGUUUAUACAGAAGAACUGGGAAAACCAAGUGGAGCAGUUGAAUGGACUCUCCCAUGAGAUGGUGCAGCGCGAAUGUGUCCGACAGGCCAACUUCAUUAUACAGACAAAGCAGAUGGUGCUGGGGAAGAUUGCGAACAUUUUAAACCUUGCAGGACUGAUUGUCCAGACCCUCACAGUGGUGGAACUACCUGAGUGGAAGCGCAGGCAGCAGCUUGCCUGCCUAGGAAGUCCAUCCAACACAUGUCUGGAUCAUUUACAGACAUGCUUCACAGCUGUGGCAGAGAUUCUGCAACAGAUUCGUCAGCAGCUGAAGAAACUGAAAGAACAGAACGAUAACUACAACAUCAAUCACAACUCCAACCUCGCUGAUGUCAUGGCUCAGAUCGACACAUUUGCAGUCUCUCUGUUCAAACAGCUGUUUGAAAAUGCUCUGGUGGUUGAAAAACAACCUGUAAUGUCAAGUCUGACCCAGCGACCUUUAGUGCUGAAGACAGGAGUGCGAUUUACAGUGACAGUCAGGUUCUUAGCAAACCUCCCAGAGUUAAAGUGCCACCUUAAAGUCAAGCCUGUAUUUGACAAGGAUAUUGAAGAAGUGAAGACAAUUAAAGGGUUUCGUCAGUUCGUUUUCACCAAGGAUGACAGCAAGGUGUUGGAUGUGUCCACACCAGGUGGAGGGCUCGUGGCAGAAUUUGGACACAUGUCACUCAAGGAAAGCAAAGCAAGAACUAAAGGGUCCAACGAGAGUCCUCUUGUAGUCACAGAGGAACUGCACAUCAUCAAGUUUGUGACAGACUGUCAGUAUGCUGGACUGGAGUGUAAAAUGGAGACCAGUUCCCUGCCUGUGGUGGUGGUCUCUGCCACCAGUCAGGUUCCCAGUGCCUGGGCCUCCAUCAUGUGGUUCAGCAUGCUGUCCACCAGUGAACCAAGGAACCUUUCCCUGUUUGUCGACCCUCCUCCACUCCUCUGGCAGCAGCUGUCACAGGUCCUCAGCUGGCAGUUUUUGUCUGCUGGACACCGAGAACUUGGUGAAGACCAGCUAUCUAUGCUCAGAGACAAGAUUGUGGAUGAUCCUGAUGGUUUGGUUUACUGGAACAAGUUCUCGAAGAAUGACGGGAUGUGGACUUGGAUUGAUGGAAUCCUGGACUUGAUCAAAAGGCACUUAAAGGAUUUUUGGAAAGAUGGGUUCAUCAUGGGUUUUGUGAGCAAAGCAAAAACACAGCUCCUGUUGAAAAAUAAACAGACUGGAAACUUUCUGAUCCGCUUCAGUGAGAGUUACAGAGAAGGCGCCAUCACCUUUAGCUGGGUUGAACACACCAAUGGAGAAACCAUUGUGCAUGCAGUAGAACCCUACACCAAGAAGGAACUGUCUGCAGAGUCUCUGCCAGACAUUAUCGACCACUUCAGUCUGAGAAAGACCACCAACAACCCCCUGGUUUAUCUCUACCCAGACAUCCCCAGAGACUCGGCCUUCGGACGCUACUAUACAACCUCUGGAAUGUCACCUAAGAAUAAAGAUGGCUACUGGCACAGAAAACGAGUCAAUGUCAUAGACUGUACUACACCCCCUCCGUCUCCACCACCCAAAGAGGGCAACAUGGACAUUGAGAUGGACCCCUCUCAGGUCAAACAUUCAAUUGAGGACACCAUGAAAGAGCUUUUCCCUGGUUUACAGGACUACUCUGGGUCCCACCUUCCCUGGAAAACUUAUGAAGAUGCACUUUUAAGUCAGAGCUGUUAUGUGGAUUCCAGUAUUUCUAAAUGAAAAUGUGCUGUGCCAUUGUGUUAUAAGUCAUUGUAGCAGAAAGUACUUGCUAAGUGUAAGUGUGCAGGAGUCAGUAAAUACGUUUACUGUGGCACAUAUGCAAAGAAGUGUAGGGGCUCAAAGACUUUGUCUUAAGUUGAAGAUGUCUUGAAGUUCUGGUCUUUGCUUUCUUAUACACUUAGAAUUUUCCUCUGUCUAACAAGGAACUCACACUUGGAGUCAACGAAGAGCUGAGUCUGCUGGUCUUCAAGGCAAAACAGGUGUUUAUUGCAAGAAUACAGAUCAAACACCAGUGAGAAUACCCCAGGGUAGACAGAAAAUCAGCUCUUCAGUGUCCCAGUUAUAUACUUUGGGUCCAGGGGCUAAUCUCUUCCCCCGGCCCUCCUUUCUUAGUCUAUUCUGGAUUGGCAUUUUCCACUAUUAAGUAAUAAUUUUAAUAUACACCUGUGUCUUGACCUUCAUGCAUUCCUUUUUGUUUUUUUAAAACACUGUGAAAGGUACCUCCCAGACCCCACCUCCUUGGGACCUGAGGUGCACCCUCCAGAUGUCACAUUGCUUUAUUACACCUUAUAUAAGCAUAUAGCUUAAUCAUUACAUACUUUAUGCAAUGUAGUGUUUACAAUUAGUAUAUUUUCCACCUUAGCACAUUCCAUGGGGGUCCUUCUGAUGGCCUUACAAGGUUGCACAGGGCACAGUAACUUAUAUGUCAUUCACAUGCCUGGGUAUCCAGCCUGCCUGUUCAGAACACAUGGCCAUGUUACUGCCCACAAUUAGCAAUGUAAGCAACUCACAUCUGGAUAUAACAUUAUGAUAUUAGUUUUGGCCAGUGCAUUUUCCACAUCAGGGUUUUACCUGGUUCCAACCUGACACAACAUUUGCCAACAUUAUUUUUAAUUAAUCAUGAAUCCGAUGCUGAAUGUUCUCCUGCAAUGUCUUAAAUGUCUUACUACAAGCUGAACAAUCAUAUUUUUGAUACAAAAUAAAAAUUCAUGACAGACUUCCACUCUCAAGAGAAAUAACAUCUUUAUUUUACAGUACGCAACCUUUAUAAUAAUACUUUGUUUAUAUAGAGAAAACGACCACUACGUACACAGAAACAUUCAUUGGUCUCAGGUCUUAACUGCUUCGUUUACAUUUUCAUGGACAAUGUAUGAUGACAAAACACCAAGUUAAAUAAUUUUAAUCACUUUUUAAAUUAUCAUUUUAUGUUUCAUCAAAUAAGUUGGUCACUAUCAGAUCUCACAAGAAUGCAUAAAGUGUGUACUUUUAUAUAUCGCAAAUUGAGGAUGGGAAAGAACCUUUUUUUAAGAAAAAAAAACUUUUCAAAUGUAUAACAAAAGAAAAUACCUGCAAAUGUUUUUCUUAUCACCGUCAUGCUUUAUUGCUGUAUUUGACAUGUGGGUGAAUAUUAAAACUUUCCUCUCACUAUUUAUGGUGAUUAUUUCAUACAGUCAUCUGUUGUGUUUGUAAAGCAGCUAAAGACACCCUAUUCAGCAGAAGUUAUUGAUAGUUUAGUCAUACAGAGUGCAUGUUUUCAACGAACACAUUUUACACAUUUGCUAAAGCACUGUGCUGUUCACAAUCAGAGGAAUUAUCCUGUUUGUACAGAAGGAACAUCUCAGUGUCAUCCAAACAACAAUUAAUUUUCUUUGUGGCCUUUGUAUAAUGCUCUUAACUCAGUGAAUGGUCAUGAUGCUUGUGCUUCAUAAGUUGGACACUGUACACACAUAUCACACAGUGUGCUUAUUAUGGUCGCUUCAUCUGACUUUCACGAUAUGUAUUCAGUUAUUUUUUAUUAAUUAGAUAUUAGUUCCAUUCAAUUCUGUGGAGGACCAGGGAGCGCAUGCAAAAUGUCAAUUUUAUUUUGCUGACAUUAUAAAGGCUCAAAGUUUGUAUGUGUUUACAUCCCCCCAUGGAGUUUGUUGGAAUCUAUUUGGUGCAAGAGCAAGUGUACAAACUAUUGUGGAAAAUGAGUGAUAGAAGUCAGUUCUUGAUGUAAAAAUUAGUGUACGGGCUGUUAUGGAUAUAGGCAAACCAAACAGCUGUUAGCUCUGAGAUGGAGUUAGCUAAAGUCAAAAACCAACAAAAAUGUGAUGGUCCAAGGUAAAAUCAAAUGCCAACUGUCACUGCUAAAUGGAGAAACUUAGAGAAAUGUUCAAUGGGAAUGUGAAGCAGAGAGGCUUAAAUGAUUAAUCAAAUAAGAUAAGUAAAAAUUAGGACUUUAUAUACUUGAGUAUUUGUAAAACUGAUGACUUUUAAUUUCUAAUAACGAUGCUAUUUAUGAAUGCAGCUAUUUAAUUCUUUAAAAUGUAUUUUUCAAAGUGAAUUUGAAAUGCCAUGAUUUAUUCGAUGGCUACUACAUGUUUCAGGUAUGUACAUCUUGACUGUUUAUAUUGUACUUAAUUCAUUUUUAUUGUUCCACUUUUAAGUUCUCAUUAAAUGCUGACAAACUAUAAUUUGGUAAUUACUGGCUAAAUAAUUAUGAUUUCAUUAAACCCUGCAUAAUCAUUUGCAUGACACUCCUGGUCGCCCAAUUAUUUAAGAACUACAAUUCUCAUAUUCCACCUGUUAAACUGUAGCCUUGUAUAUAUUGUUCAUGGUGACAUAGUGUUGAAAAUGUAACAUUCCAAAGUGUUUAUAUUCAGAGACCUUGAUUUGGAUUAGUGUGAAACAGUUUUUGGCUGUAACUUUGUGUAUUGGAUAAAUUCAUGUAAGGAAGCAGAGCAGUUCAGAUUGUAAAGUCAUGAUGAAUGAUAACAUUCAUAUUUAAAAAAACAAACAAAAAAAAAAAACAGGUGGGAUUUUGCUGGCUAGGUAGAGCAGAUUUGCUCAUAUCAUCAUUAUUAAAGGUUCACUGAGUAAGAUUAAUUUUCUCUUGUGCACUUGAAGUGAUGUUUGUGUUGAACUAGAGGCCAGUCGACUUUUGGCGUUAACUAACUUUAUUACUUCUAUUUCCAAACUAACCAAGACACUGGAGGUAGCUAAUGUCUACACAACAUUCACUGCACAAGACAAACCCCAAUGUAAACUUUGAAGUGCACAAGCAUGCACUAAUCUUACACACUGAACUGUUAUUGUCAACAUUCUCUGUCAAGAUUAAAAACACACACAAACUGCAUUAUACAAUCUUACAUCUUAAAUAGUCUCUCUGUGAAAUAAAUACAUGUCUCUAUUGCAUGUGUACCACUGAAAAAUACAUUCAAAAAACAAUCUUUGUGAACUUUCAGAAAACCUGUUGAGGAGCCUGCAACAGUCUGAAGAACAUUAUGAAAAUAGUUGCAGGUCUGAGGAGAUCAAACAGGCACAUCCUGUAACUGCAGCAUCAGCAUAAUGCCUCUGUGGAGACAGAUCACACAUGUACACACUAGCCUCACAAUCGCAAACUACUAUAGUGACAGCAUUAGCCAUUAAUGAAUAAACCAUACUGGAACUAAACAAAUACACUUUGAUACGAUAUAAGUCUUAUUGGAUAAUAAUUGUGGUGAGUUGAUGCUACGUAGAAAGGACUGACUGGAGGGAUACACAGUUCUGCUGUGACUGGUUGGUUCACUGCAGCUGUACUAAAGAUUAAGAUUAGUAUCUUGCUUUAACACAAUACAUCUUAAUGAGGCUGCACAAAAAUACAGAGGGAUUUUCCUUCUUUACGAUGUAAUACAUCCCCUAUGUUCUAGUAAAACUCCUAACAGUCAUAAUUAUUUGCAGAGCCUCUGUACAACAUAAACAUACAGGUCUGACGUAGUUUUAACUAAGUUGCCGAUACUUUGUCAAACUGCUUUGGCUGGUUGAUUAAAUACGUUUCAAAGUCCAUUUUAUUGUGAUUUCAACAACCCUUAUUGAAAGCACUAACUCUUUCAGCAGGUCCAUCUUGUUUUUUUGAAAGAAGUGCCCAUAUUUCAAGUAGAGGAUGGAGGUGGAGAAAAAUGAGGUGAAACCUACCUCAUUACUACUAAUACUACAGCAUUAACACUUACACUACAGCAUGAUACUGCUAACACUCACUGAAAACACUGGUAACACAAGGUGGCUGUCCAUCCAAAUUUA